AGUCCACACUGACGUAGACACUCUUCUAGCUAAAUGUCUGUUCUAAUGUUAACCCGUAGCCCUUGAUUCUUUUACCCAAGUGCUUUCUUAGUGUCGGUGCUGGGAGCAGAAGGCUGUCCCCCCUCGCUGUGGAACUUUCUAUCUAUACGGAGUUCACUGAAGACCGAACUCACAGUGUAGGGGAUACUAGCUAGAAAUUUUGAUUUCUGGCUUGAAAUUUCGCUUUUCAUCAUAACCAUUCAAACUAGGGAACGUUGGGGAUACGGGUUAAACUUUUAACCACAGCGCAUGAGCCGUAGGUGACAAUUUAAGAGGAUACUGUAAAAUCCGUGCAAUGGAUCUUGCACACUGCAAGCCCGUGGAAGAGGUUGCGGCGCAUUUUAGCGUCGAUGAAACCGUCGGCCUCCAGGACGAUGCUAUCAAGAAGUCAUUAGAAAAGUAUGGACCAAACGAAUUGCCGGCGGAAGAAGGCAAACCACUGUGGGAACUUAUUCUUGAACAAUUCGAUGAUCUUUUAGUCAAGAUUCUUCUAUUAGCCGCUAUUAUAUCAUUUGUUUUAGCUUGGUUUGAAGAGAAUGAAGAACAAGUGACAGCCUUCGUAGAACCAUUUGUUAUAUUAACCAUUUUAAUAGCCAAUGCAAUAGUGGGAGUGUGGCAGGAGCGUAAUGCUGAAGAUGCUAUUGAGGCUCUCAAGGAGUAUGAGCCUGAAAUUGCCAAAGUCUACCGCCAGAACCACCGCGGUAUCCAGAGAAUCAAAGCCAGAAACCUCGUCCCUGGUGAUAUUGUCGAGGUGUCAGUCGGUGACAAGGUCCCUGCUGAUAUUCGUAUUACCGCUGUCCAUUCCACCACCUUGAGAGUUGACCAGGCUAUCCUCACUGGAGAAUCUGUGAGUGUACUGAAGCACACUGACCCAAUCCCCGACCCCCGUGCUGUGAACCAGGACAAGAAGAACAUCCUGUUCUCUGGAACCAAUAUUGCUGCUGGAAAAUGCCGUGGUAUUUGCAUUGGAACUGGAUUAAACACUGAAAUUGGCAAGAUCCGUAACGAGAUGAUGGACACUGAGACUGAGAAGACCCCCCUGCAACAGAAACUGGAUGAGUUCUCCAACCAGCUCUCCAAGGUGAUCACUGUGAUCUGUGUGGCUGUAUGGGCCAUCAACAUCGGACAUUUCAACGACCCUGCUCACGGCGGAUCAUGGAUCAAGGGCGCCAUCUACUACUUCAAGAUCGCUGUCGCCUUGGCUGUGGCUGCCAUCCCUGAGGGUUUGCCCGCUGUCAUCACCACCUGUCUGGCUCUUGGUACCAGGAGAAUGGCCAAGAAGAACGCUAUUGUCAGGAGUCUGCCCUCUGUGGAGACACUUGGCUGCACAUCUGUUAUCUGCUCUGACAAGACUGGAACACUCACAACCAAUCAGAUGUCUGUCUGCAAGAUGUUUGUGUUCAGCAAGGUAGAAGGCAACGACAUCCAGACUGCCCAGUUCGAGAUCACUGGAUCAACUUACGCCCCAGAGGGUGAAGUGUUCUUCCAGUCCAAGAAGAUUCGCUGCUCCGACUUCGCCGGACUUGAGGAGAUGGCAACCAUCUGCGGCAUGUGCAACGACUCCAGCGUUGACUACAAUGAUGCCAAGAACCAGUAUGAGAAGGUAGGCGAGGCCACUGAGACCGCCCUGACUGUGCUCGUAGAGAAGAUGAAUGUCUACAACACUGACAAAUCCGGACUGAACAAACGUGAAGCUGGCAUCGCCGGCAACCAGGUCAUCCAAAACAUGUGGAAGAAGGAGUUCACCCUGGAGUUCUCCCGUGACCGCAAGUCCAUGAGUGUCUACUGUGUCCCCAACAAACCUACCAGGGCACCUGGAGGCGCACGCAUGUUCUGCAAGGGAGCACCUGAGGGUCUUCUUGACCGCUGUACCCAUGUCCGUGUUGGAGGAAACAAGGUCCCCAUGUCCUCCGCCAUCAAGAACGAGAUCAUGAAGCACACCAAGUCUUACGGCACAGGACGUGACACUCUGCGUUGCCUGGCCCUGGCCACCAUCGACAACCCACCACGCCGCGAGGACAUGGACUUGGAAGACUCCCGCAAGUUCAUCCAGUAUGAGACAAACAUGACCUUUGUUGGUAUUGUUGGCAUGUUGGAUCCCCCUCGUACUGAGGUUCUCACCUCCAUCAACGACUGCCGCAACGCUGGUAUCCGUGUCAUCGUCAUCACUGGUGACAACAAGGCUACUGCUGAAGCUAUCUGCCGUAGAAUUGGCGUGUUCAAGGAGAACGAGUCCACAGAGGGAUUAUCCUUCACUGGCCGUGAGUUUGAUGACCUCGCCCCUGAAGACCAAAGAUCUGCUGUCAUGAGAGCUCGUCUCUUCGCCCGUGUGGAGCCCGCUCACAAGUCCAAGAUUGUAGAGUACUUGCAAGGAGAGGGAGAAAUCUCUGCUAUGACUGGUGAUGGUGUGAAUGACGCUCCUGCUCUGAAGAAAGCCGAGAUUGGUAUUGCCAUGGGUUCCGGAACUGCUGUUGCAAAGAGUGCUUCUGAGAUGGUGUUGGCUGAUGACAACUUUUCGACAAUUGUCGCUGCUGUUGAGGAAGGUCGUGCUAUCUACAACAACAUGAAACAGUUCAUCCGUUACCUCAUUUCGUCCAACAUCGGUGAAGUGGUCUGCAUCUUCUUGACUGCUGCUCUGGGUAUCCCUGAGGCUCUCAUCCCCGUACAGCUGCUGUGGGUGAACUUGGUGACUGACGGUUUCCCCGCCACCGCCCUUGGAUUCAACCCCCCAGACUUGGACAUCAUGAAGAGACCCCCCAGGAACCCCAAGGAAGGCCUCAUCACUGGCUGGCUGUUCUUCCGCUACAUGGCUAUUGGAAUCUACGUUGGUUGUGCGACUGUUGGUGCUGCCGCCUGGUGGUUCAUGCUGUAUGACAAGGGCCCCGGACUCAACUACUACCAACUGACACAUCACAUGCAGUGCCCGGCCGAGCCCAGGAUGUUCCCGGGUGUAGACUGCAAUGUAUUUAAUGACCCUCAUCCAAUGACUAUGGCUCUGUCAGUAUUAGUCACAAUUGAGAUGCUUAAUGCAUUGAACAGCUUGAGUGAGAACCAGUCUCUCGUGGUCAUGCCUCCCUGGUCCAACAAGUGGCUGAUGUUCGCCAUCGGACUCUCCAUGUUCUUGCACUUCUUCAUCCUCUACGUCGACUUCAUGUCGGUGAUUUUCCAGAUCACACCACUUAACGUUGAGGAGUGGGUCGCAGUAAUGAAGAUCUCUAUACCUGUCAUCCUACUGGAUGAAACACUCAAGUUCGUCGCCAGAAAAUUCGCUGAUGAUCUUCCUGGCUUUUUCUGAUUGGCUGACGCCAAGAUGUGAUACUCUCGAGACCAUCAUGACAGGUCAUGUGAUCCACUCCACACGAGACCAGCAACCUCGUACUUGCACUCUAGCCUGCCGUCUCUUGGCAAAUCGCGCUGGAAUGCAUUGACUUUGUGUGCGCCGCAAAUGAUUUAGCAAAGUGUGCAUUUAUUCCGCCAGGUUGGAUUGAAACCCAUAUCAUCUUCAAUCUCGGCCUGGCGGCAGACCGACGCAAGCUCAUAGUUAAAGAACGCCUAUCAGUGCGCGUAUACGUGCGUAGUUACAGAAGUGUAGUUAUGCAUGACAUGGUAUGUCUGUUCUCUUGUGGAUUUUACUGAUUUUUACGAACUUCUAUAUUUCAAAUUUUAUCUUCAAGGUAUUUUUAUCUUAUAUACGUAAGUAUUGCUUGCAAAACAUGGACAUCUCCUGGUGGGUAUAUGGAAAGAGUUGGAGCCAAGAUCAGUCUUGUGGCGGAGUUCUUAAUUCAGCCUACGCUUUUCCAGUUAUGCCGGGUGUCUUUGAGGCAGCCCCACGCAAGCCUUACGUCCCCUACGAUUACCGCUAGAGCGGUGCAGCAGCCAGACAUCGGCGGCGAUGGACUAUUGGAGAAACAGUGCGGGUUGCCGGGUCUCACUGUGGUGGUACACAGCUAUCAUGUGAUGGAGGAUGUCGGGAAUACGUACUCUUCCUUUGCUGUUUAUGUUCAUUUUUCCCAGCGUGCAAUUAGUUUGUGGCCUUGACCUUGGCUGUUGGCGCCCUCUGUUGAUACUUCUAGCCUACAGUUUAGGAGAUCCUGAACUCCUAAACGUGUAUGUUUCUGAUUUCGUGUUAAGUAGUAAAGUGUGUGCCUACGAGUGAUCUCUUCAUCCAAGUAUUGAAGAUAUUAAUGUGAAUAAUCGGGACACCUUCUCACCGUAUUGGAUGUGAUGAGCGAAGAUGCAACGACAGGUCUGACUUGUAACUAUUAUAAUUAUUAUUAUAUUCUCCUAUGAUCAUGGAUGCCUGGCUUGAGUGUGUGUAAAAUAGAAGAGAUUUAUAUAAUUCUGUCAAGUCUCAUUCAUCUGCGAUCUGACUCACGACUGCCAUGUUUAUCGGACAGAUGACCUUGACCUUGGAGCCUCCUUGACCUUGGAUCAUUCUGUGCCACGGGAAGUUUCUGAACCUUUAUUCAUGCAACUUUGUUACUAUUUUGUGUGGUGAAGAUUUAAUGUUUAGAGGUUAGGGAAGCUUUUGUUCAUAUUGGCUGUUAUUGAGAUCAUAUACAUCAUAACUGUUUACCACAUUGCCAAAGAGUUAUCCUUCCUCUUUGCAAAUAAGUUCCAUACUUCGAGGUAAGUUGUACAGACACCAAAUUAAUAUAAUCACAAAUCCUGGAUUGAUCAAAUUGGAUUUUAUAGGGAUAUAUUUAGAUCGUUAAUUUAUCUGGGCUAAGGCAACGAAUAUAUACUUGGGUUGACUUGUAUCAUAUUCCCAUGAAAUGUUACCUCAGAUGGAACGUGAGUCUGCUGUUUGGGGCCAGGGGGACAACAAAUCGUCACACUUAUGCAACAAUUCUCACUGGGGAAGCUCCAGUAUUAUCAAAGAUGGCCGCUAGAUGCUCAAGGGAGGCAACUCCAAAUCCUAACUCUUGUGAUACCAGGAGGUGGAGUGAGACAGACAGACAUAGGAACCCUUUGGUGGAAUCUGCCAUGCGGACCCCCUGUAGUGCCACCCUGGCCCCACACGGAGGAACAGAUUUUAUUUUAUGUAGAUAUAAUCCUGAUUUGUACAUUUCCUAUAGAUUAAAGUAUCGGUUUUCUA